AGCAAAAGGAAAGCAAGUGAGCAAAAAGUAUAUAAUUAGUAAAAAUUUUACUAUAUAAAAUACAGAAAAAAACCCAAAAUGUUUUUAAAAAGUGGAUGAGGCCAUUGUCCUGAUUGUAGUUAAUAAGUGUCAAAAGAGACAAACUCACAAAUAUCAUAAGUAACUUAUUACAUGGGAAAAUGCAUAUUCUUACCAGUAACUAAAUAAGUACAAAGUAAUCAAAGGGGAAAAAAACAGUAAAAUUGCAAAUAUGGCAAAGUAGUUGGAAUAUUUAGAAACAGGUAUAUGGUAGCCUGGUAACUUUGCUUUGUCUUUCUGUAAAAUGAACUGGCAAUACAUAAUGAGACUUUUGACAUAGUUCAUAACUUUUAAUACUGAGUCAUUCGACUUUGUGUUGUACACCACCCUGAGGAGAGAAUCUGAAAGAAAAUAAAUAUAAUUAUUUAUAAUUAUAAAACAUUUGAAGCUACUCAAAUUAUGAAAACUAAGUGAGAAUGAUUUUUUUGUUUGUAUUUUUAUGUAGUAUCAAAAGCCUUAAUAUACAUUAUCUCAUUUAGUCUUCAAUAAGGAAAUGUGACAAAGAGGUCACGCAGUUGGGACUGGAAACUAGGAGCUCUGUGGAGGCAGGAGUAAGACUUGGAUGUAGGGUUAGGAGGCCUGGCUCUUGGUCCUGUAUCUUCCAGGUGUGUGACUUCAGUCAGUUCUUGUCAAUUCUGAAAACGGGACGCAAUGCUCAGCUUCCUUAGUUACCAGGUUUUGAUUGUAAAUAAAAUCAUACAUGUAGAAAUGAGAGGGCAGUUACUGAGGUUGCUGCUUUGGGAAAACGAAUCUUUCAGUGGAUCUUCAAACUGCACACCAAGAAGCAGGGAAGUUUUGAACACUUUCAAUCAGCAACAGACCAAUAAAACCAACAGCCCAAGAACAGUGAAGGCCAGGUUCAAAGGGACAGAGUGGAGUCGUAAUUAGAAAAAUAAAGUGGAUUUGUUUUUUGUUUCUGCUCUGUGGGAGGCAGCAGAGUGCAGGGGGAAUUUAAAUACACCUGCUCAUUUUUUUUUUUUUAUUGAAGGCAUUUUGCAAACAUAAAAAGAAAACCCUUGGAGCAUUGGGAAGCUUAUAACCUGGCCUGUGGUUUCCAGCUUCCUCCUUCCUCCAGCAUCCUCCCUUUUAUAACACAACUCCCUGUGACACAUGGCUCGGAUUUAGCCCUGGGGAUGCCCCACCCCACCAUGAAGCCGCCCGAAGUCCUUUCCGCGCGUCAAGUCUUUUCCUUCUAGUUACACAGAAAUCAAGGCUAAGGCUAUCUGCCAUCACCGCCUAUCUACCCUCCCUGAAUUCCUGAAGCUCCCUUGACCCUCCCCUUUCUGCAUCACCAAUGAAAUGAGGGGUGGAUAUGGCGGAGAUACGCACUGUAACCUCGGGUGAUAAGGUACUGACUCCAGCUGCCCGUGAGGCUGAUCUAGGGCAAAGUCCAUGCUCCAGCUGGUAACGAAGGCUUCAUGACUGAGUCAGCCAGCAUGAAAGCAGAGAACCAGCAGAAAUCCACCAAUGUCAUUUAUCAGGCCCACCACGUGAGCAGGAACAAGAGAGGGCAGGUGGUUGGAACAAGGGGCGGGUUCCGAGGAUGUACCGUGUGGCUGACAGGUCUGUCUGGUGCCGGAAAAACGACGAUAAGCUUCGCCCUGGAGGAGUACCUCGUCGCCCACGCCAUCCCCUGCUACUCCCUCGAUGGGGACAACAUCCGUCACGGCCUGAACAAAAACCUUGGGUUCUCUCCCGGGGACAGAGAAGAAAAUAUCCGCCGGGUUGCUGAGGUGGCCAGGCUGUUUGCGGACGCCGGUCUGGUCUGCAUCACCAGCUUCAUUUCUCCUUUCACGAAGGAUCGUGAAAAUGCCCGCAAAAUCCAUGAAUUGGCAGGACUGCCGUUCUUUGAAAUAUUUGUCGAUGCACCUCUGAACAUCUGUGAAAGUAGAGACGUGAAGGGCCUCUACAAACGGGCCAGGGCUGGGGAGAUCAAAGGGUUUACAGGCAUUGACUCUGAUUAUGAGAAACCAGAAACUCCAGAGCUUGUGCUUAAAACCAACUUGUCCUCCGUGAGCGACUGUGUCCAACAGGUGGUGGAACUUCUGCAAGAGCAGAACAUUGUACCCCAUACUGUAAUGAAGGGCAUCCAUGAACUCUUUGUGCCAGAAAACAAACUUGAGCAAGUCCGAUCUGAGGCUGAAGCUCUCCCUUCAUUGUCAAUUACUAAGCUAGAUCUUCAAUGGGUUCAAGUUUUGAGUGAAGGCUGGGCCACUCCCCUCAAAGGCUUCAUGCGGGAGAAGGAGUACUUGCAGGUCAUACACUUUGACACCCUGCUAGAUGGCAUGGUCCUUCCUGAUGGAGUCAUCAACAUGAGCAUCCCUAUCGUCCUGCCCGUCUCUGCGGAUGAUAAGACGCGCCUGGAAGGGUGCAGUGAGCUUGUCCUGACCCAUGGCGGACGGAGGGUGGCUAUCUUACAAGACCCUGAAUUCUACGAACAUAGAAAAGAAGAGCGUUGUUCCCGUGUGUGGGGGACGACGUGUGCAAAACAUCCCCACAUCAAAAUGGUAAUGGAAAGUGGAGAUUGGCUGGUUGGUGGAGACCUUCAGGUGCUGGAGAGAAUAAGAUGGAAUGAUGGGUUGGACCAGUACCGCCUGACACCUCUAGAACUCAAACAGAAAUGUAAAGAAAUGAAUGCUGAUGCAGUGUUUGCAUUCCAGUUGCGCAAUCCUGUCCACAAUGGCCAUGCCUUGUUGAUGCAGGACACCCACCGCCGGCUCCUGGAGAGGGGCUACAAGCACCCAGUUCUCCUGCUCCACCCUCUGGGUGGCUGGACCAAGGAUGACGAUGUGCCCCUGGACUGGCGGAUGAAGCAGCAUGCAGCUGUGCUGGAGGAAGGGGUCCUGGAUGCCAAGUCAACCAUCAUUGCCAUCUUUCCAUCUCCCAUGUUAUAUGCUGGCCCCACAGAGGUCCAGUGGCACUGCAGGUCUCGGAUGAUUGCGGGGACCAAUUUCUACAUUGUGGGCCGGGACCCUGCAGGAAUGCCCCACCCUGAGACCAAGAAAGACCUGUAUGAGCCCACCCAUGGGGGCAAGGUCCUGAGCAUGGCCCCUGGCCUCACCUCUGUGGAAAUCAUUCCAUUCCGAGUGGCUGCGUACAACAAAGCCAAAAAAGCCAUGGACUUCUACGAGCCAGCCAGGUAAGGAGUCAGAGGGCGGUUCUUUACAUUUGUGC